AUGGAUAGAAGUUGGAUGCAAAUUGGAAAUCGAGUAUUGCAAGAAUAUAGAAACGGAGUUAGAAGUUUUUUGGAUUUUGCAUUUAUGCAUGCAACAACUACUCAAAUAUCUUGUCCAUGUAAAAGAUGUAAUAAUGUAGUACUUAAGACUCGAGAUAAUGUUGAAGAAGAUUUGUUAAUGUUUGGAAUAGUUCCAAGUUACAUUAGAUGGACAAUGCAUGGUGAAGAAAGUUUUACUUAUGAAGUAGGAGAAAAUGAUAAUGACACUGAUGAUGAAGAUGUUUUUGAAAUACUAGAGGAUCAUUUUGGUGCUUUAAGCACGGAUAAUUGGAUUGCUAAAAGAGAAUCAAAUAAGCAUGGUUAUGAUGAAGAACCUAAUGAGAAUGCUUCUCAGUUUUAUAUAAUAUUGAAUGGUGCAGAAAAAGAGCUUUAUCUUGGGUGUACUGAUCUACCUAAUAAUUACUAUGAGACAAGGAAAAUCCUUCAAGAUUUAGGGCUUCAUUACUCGAAGAUACAUGCAUGCUCUAAUAAUUGCCAACUAUAUUGGAAGAAAAAUACGAAAGCUGAUGAAUCUUUAGUUUGUGGAGAAUCUAGGUGGAAACCGAAUGAAAUAAAUAAAAAGAAGAAUACUCCACAAAAAGUUUUGCGAUAUUUUCCUCUAACUCCAAGAUUAGAAAGAUUAUACAUGUCAAGAAAGACUGCAUCAAGUAUGACUUGGCAUUUGAAUGGACGAGUAGAUGAUGGAGUUCUUGGGCAUCCUGUUGACACUAUUGCUUGGAAAACACUUGAUGAAUCAUAUAGUUUAUUUUCUCCAAAGCCUCGAAAUAUUCGACUUGGAUUGGCUAGUGAUGGAUUUAACCAUUUGGAAAUAUGA